UUUUAGGUCAAAGGUCAUAUUGAUCUGGGGCAAGUGUCAUCUUGGCAGCUGGGAAGAUGUUGACGAAUAUUCUGCAGAAAAGCGCCAAAUUUACGGGGAUUUGGAGGCCUAAACUUCCACAAUGUUCUCUCUCGGAGCUGACAAAAGUGUGCCGUACGUUUUCAACAAGCAGAAGACAGCAUGGAGUGGACCUGAAACCAGAAGGAGUCAAUCUGACGCACAGUUACUACCACAGCCUCACCACCACCCCCCUCCAGGGCAUCACCAUUGGACAGAAACUACAGCAGACUGUACAGAAGUUUCCCGAUCGUGAGAUGCUGGUCUUCAAACGGGGAAACGUUCGCAGGACGUUUGAACAGUUCUUCGAGGAGUGUGACCAGCUGGCAGCAGGUUUUGUGGCCCUGGGGCUGAAGAAGGGAGACAGAGUGGGGAUGUGGGGACCCAACACCCUGGAGUGGGUCCUGACACAGUUUGCAACAGCCAGGGCUGGCUUGAUCUUGGUCAACAUAAAUCCAGCCUACCAAACUCAUGAAUUGGAAUAUGCUCUGAGAAAGGUUGGUUGUCGUGCCCUUGUGUCAGCCACAACAUUCAAGACUCAGGACUACUACAGGAUGCUUCACCAGAUCUGUCCUGAACUAGAGAGCUGCAAGCCCGGAGAGCUGGGAACUAAAAAGUUGCCCAUGUUGGAAACAGUCAUCAUGCUCGGGGAGGACAAAUUUCCGGGAACCUUCUCCUUCCCGGAAGUCAUGGAGAUGGGUGACCACGCCCACAGGAGAGCUGUCCUGGAGAUGCAGGACAAACUUCAGUUUGAUGAUCCAAUCAACAUCCAGUUUACAUCCGGAACAACAGGGAACCCCAAGGGUGCCACAUUAACUCAUCAUAACAUUUUGAACAACCAGUGGUUCAUCGGACAUCGACUAGGAUAUCACGAAAAGCACCACAAGAUCUGUAUGCCCGUGCCACUGUACCACUGUUUUGGGAUGGUGGGUGGUACCCUGGCUGCCGGGGUGUUUGGGACCACGGUUGUCGGUCCUUCGCCGAGCUUUGAACCAGAGCCAUGUUUACAAGCCAUUCAGGAAGAAAGUUGCACUGCUGUGUAUGGAACCCCCACUAUGUUCAUCGACAUGCUUCAUCAUUCUAAUUUUGACGAAUAUGAUUUGACAAGUCUUAACACUGGGAUCAUGGCAGGCUCACCUUGUCCCAUUGAGAUCAUGAAACAGGUGGUUUCCAGAAUGCACUGUCCUGAAGUUUGCAUUGCAUAUGGGACAACAGAAAACAGCCCAGUCACCUUUAUGGGGUACAUGGCAGACAGUCUGGAGAGGAAAGUGGGAACCAUAGGACAACCUUUUCCUCAUGUGGAGGUUAAGAUUGUGGGUACAGACGGACGUGUGACCCCUGUGAAUGAGCCGGGAGAGCUGUGCACACGCGGUCCUGGGACCAUGCUGGGGUACUGGGACGACCCGGACAAGACUGCUGAAGUCAUUGGAGCAGACAGGUGGUACAAGACUGGAGACAUUGCUGUUUUGGACGAGGAGGGAUACGGACAGAUUGUGGGGAGGAUCAAGGACAUGAUCAUCCGAGGAGGGGAGAACAUCUACCCCAGGGAGAUUGAGGAGUUCCUCUACACUCAUCCCAAGAUUGAGGAUGUGCAGGUAAUUGGAGUUCCUGAUGAGAGGAUGGGGGAGGAGGUGUGUGCCUGGGUCAAACUGAGGGAAGGAGAGAGCAUGGAGGAGGAGGAUGUCAGAUCAUUCUGCAAGGGAGAGAUUUCCCAUUUUAAGAUUCCAAGGUACAUCAGAUUUGUGGCGGAGUUCCCCCUGACAGUCACUGGAAAGGUGCAGAAGUUCAAGAUGCGGGAGCAGAUGACCAAGGACCUCAACCUGCAGAUGUGGGGAUGAGCAUUCAUUUUUUUAUGAAAACGACAGAAAAACGUGGAAGAAAUGUUUUUAAAAGAUAAUUCAAAUUCAGCAUUAUAUAGUGAUAUAGUUUUAUUGCAAAUUCAUGCCCGAGAGCUAAUUGCAUGAACAGAAGAAACAUUUGUAUAAAAACAGAUAAUUAGUACACAUAGAACUACUGAUAACUAUUAAGAGACCACUAUAUAUUGAUAACAGCUGUGUAACUUUUGAUAUUGCCUCAAAGUUGUAAUUCUUACUAAAAAUCAUUUUGUGUCCAUCACUUAGUUAAGAUAUCAGUUGAUAGAACAGGGUUGUCUUCCAUUAUUCAGAUGAAUUUUCAUCAAAGUCAUCGAGAGUCAGGUCAAAAAUAGACUUAUUAGUGCUUGAAUGUACAAAAAAAUAAGAAGGAAUAAUCAGGCAUAUCUUUGAUGAACACUGUAAGAAUCAGAAGCAUAAAGCAGAUGGGAUGGAGAGUUUAAAGAGCAUCGUGUAUAAGGGGAUCUGUUUUUAAAGUUCUGAGAUUUUUAUGCUGAUCAUGAAUGGUUAAUCUUUUCUGGAACUGGCUAGCAAGUGGCAGCUGCCAGCUGUAUUCUAUUUGUGAUUAGUCCAAUCAGUGUCUUUCAUAUCAUACUACAGUACUUACUUGUAUAUGUUAAGUUAUGCAACUGAAUAACUCUUUAACUAUGAAAUAUGUACUCAUACAUAAUUUAUGAGGGACCAAUAACCAUUGGAUUUUUGGAUAUAUGCUGAAUUUUUACUCUAGUUAAUGCAUUGAGUAUACAGGUACUGGUGUUACCUUUAGAAAUGGUGAAAUGGCAAUGAUUGCAGAACAAGACUUAAAACGUGGUUAUGAUUUUUCCAUUAGUCUCAGAUGGAAAUGAUUAAGUGUAAUAUAUUUCUAUAUACAUGGCCAGUAAUCUCACCUUUCUUACUUUCAAUAAUAAAAUCUAUUAACUUGUUA